CCUUCCAGUGCCCGCCCAGCGAUAUUUGGAAUCCGGAUACAACACAGCUAUUACGACUGUGACCGGCGCCUCACACAGCAUACCACCCUUCAUAUAGCCUGCGCUGCAAAUGCAAGAACGCGAGCCCGCAUGAUACCAUGUACUACAGUUGGGUGUAUUAUACAGCCAGUUUCAGAGGUAUACGUUGGACGAGGUAUUUAGUCGUGGGCAGACAUCACAGUGCGGACCAAGCGGAGACUCUUCUGCUUGUGCUUGCUACCCAUGACUACCGCCUGCGUUCAUUCAAACUCAUCUUCUCGAAUUCAGGAGGCAAAUAUGCUAGGAAUGGCCUUAUCAAUGCUGGCGUACGGUGCCCAUGCUGCCUUCUUCUCCUGCGUCCUAAGACACUUUCUGCGACCUCUCUCAUCCCGUAUAAACGGCCGAUUCUUUGCGUGUACAUGUUACUUGUUUACUAUCGCAACACUCAGUAUCGUUCUGCAACUCGUCUGUGAUAUCAAGAUCUUCUUCGGGAGUAGUGACAACCUGGAUGUGACCGAGUUAUUCACUACAUACACCCCCACGAACAAACUCAGUCUUGCCGUCACCAUGAUAUAUCUCGUCCUCCAUUGGUCUUCCGACGCGUUACUGCUCUGGAGAUGCAGCAUGAUUUGUCAUAAUGCGCCAUCAGUAUGGAUGCCUAUGGGCACUAUACUUGUUGGACUCGUCGUCACUGGGUCCUAUUUCCGUCAUGACCUCACAGGUUUGAUCAUGACCUGGACCACCACACCAUCUACGCCAGGCCUAGUCUACCUCGGUGUCGCACUCGGUUACAACCUUAUUUUGCCUGCCAUCAUGGUCAUCCGGAUCUACCGUGUCUCGCGAGAGCUGCGAGGAUUCUGGAAAUCAACAGAGCCGCGGAACGUCUAUGGCUUUGUGAUCAGUGUUAUGUUCGAGGCGACCGCAUUCUACGCAGCAGUGGCCAUCAUCACAAUUGUGACGAUCGCGAUCGAUACCUCUAUGCGAGCUGCACUACUGCCUUUGCUUGGGCAGAUGCAGGCUAUUCCAUCAUUGUUACUCACUGCUCGUGCAGUCCAACUCAGGGACGCUCCGAAAGAUUCCGUUCGGAAAACGGUGCCCACCAGUCUUCAGUUCGAUGUACAGGAUGCUCUGGAGAAGGCCUCUUUACACCUAGAGCCUGCGUCACGACCGACGUCACCCACCACCCCGGCGGACGUCUCGGAAAUACUCGAAUCUAUAGUGAUCAUUCCUAGGCGACAACCAGCGACAGAUAUCAGCUCUUUCACAUAUUCACAUUCCAGCGAGCGCAGGCGGAGUCGAGAUUGCGGACCCCUGGAAUUGCGGCCUCCUGAGCCACUGUUUUCUUGGGGUCCAGAUACCCCUACAAGCUGUGGUAGCGACUCGGAUGCUGAAUUAGGCUAUCCGAAUGGUCUGCCAGAUCCGUGGGGAACGCCGCAACCUCCACCGAUGGCUCGAAUCAGGAGUUGACCUCCGGAUACAUUGUAUGUAUGUCGCCAAAUAGACCAUCCCUUCGCGUUACAAUGAGCGAUAGUGAAAAUGUCAAACUCGCUGCUCUGUGCCAGUGCGGUCGCUUCC